GUUUGUGUGACUUUUAUAGUGUGCUGUUUAUUUUUUAAAAUAAAAAAACAGAAAAUCGUAAUUGAGAAUAAGGACUUCCUGCUGCUGUAAUGCAGUGCUGGAGAAAGAGAGAGAGAGAGAGAGAGAGAGAGAGAGAGAGAGAGAGAGAGAGAGAGAGAGAGAGAGAGAGAGAGAGAGAGAGAGAGAAUCGGGGGAUGGGUUGUGGCGCAGUUUAGAAUAAAUCGAAAGUAAGGUGUAUUUCCUCCUUUAGAAGAGGAGAGAAGAUCUACAGAGGUUCGAAUUAUCUCGGAGAUCUUGGCAGCAUCUUGAGUAUCCUCCUUCAUGAUGGAGCCUCAUCACUCCAUAUCUCGGAGUGAAUCUCCUGUCAUAAAUGAUGAAGGAGAACGCCCACUACGUAACCCUCUGCUUAGACACGCAUCAGAACCCGUUUACAGUACUCUAGGAUUUGAUUUUACUGGAAGUUGCACUGCUCCACAGGUCAGUGCUGGGAGUCGUGUUAUAUUCCUGCAGCCCACAGACGGCAUUAGGAAUGGUGCAGUAUACUCACGUUUAUCUGCUCCAUGGGGCUGUGUGACUCUGAAGACCACAUCCCUUCAAGCUCUACAGCCUACUUUUAGUACUGGAGGAGAAAAUCCAGAGCACAGCAACAGCUGUCAGAAAAACCAUCAACCCCCUAAUAUCCGUACUGCAGGAGAACAUCCAGAGCACAGCUAUUGGAACGAAUCCCCAGACCUUCAAAUCCCUAAUUUCUGUACUGGAGAAAAACAUGCAGAACUCAGCGAUUCGGACGCAUCCCCAGACUUUUCCUGCCCUAACUUCCGUACAGGAGUGAAACAUGCAGAACUUAGCUAUGAGAAAAAAUACACAAACUUUCUACACUCUUACUUCUGUACUGGAGAAAAACAUGCAGAUCUCAGCGAUUCGGACACAUCCCCAGACUUUUCCCGUCCUAACUUCCGUACUGGAAAGAAACAUGCAGAACUUAGCUAUCAGAAAAAAUCCAGAUACUUUCUACACCCUUACUUCCGUACUGGAGAAAAACAUGCAAAUCUCAGCAAAUUGAAAACAUCCCCAGACUUUCCUCGCCCUAACUUCUGUACUAGAAAUAGCAUGAUCUUAAGCUAUAAACUCCUUGCCUUCAGUGCUGGAGAAACGACAAAGGCAGAAAAGGCAGAUGUGAGCAAUCAGGCACAGAAAGAGUAACUGAUCGAAUUUUGUAUAUUUUAAUUGCUGCCAAUUUGGUAUUGGUGAUAAUGUUGUUAUCAUAUUACUAUUAAGCACUGUUAACCAUGAUUGUAUGUGACUUUUUAUUAAUAACAUAUAAAGGCAAGGAAAGGCAAGUUUAUUUGAAUUGCACCUUUCAUACAAAAUGGUUAUUCAAAGUGCUUUAGAAAUGAGAAAAUACAAAGAGGAGUCAAAAUAUAAAAACAUGUAACAAUAAAAAUGGAAAUAAAAGAAUAACAUAAGAAUAAAGCAUGGAUAAAAAUAUGAUUCAAACAUUACUAAAACAAAGAGAAAAAAAAGAUUACAUCUAGCAUUAAAUAGCGCUAAUUUAAUGAAAAACAAUUAUAAUUUAAUGAAUAUAAGAAGACUGUUCCGAGAAGGAUGGGUCUGUGAGGUCUGGUUCCUCCCUGCGUUUUCUUUUCCAGCUCUGAGGGAGUUUUUCCUUGCCUCUGUCACUCAUUGUAAUGUCAUUUCAUUUAAUUUCGAAUCAAAUCAAAUUUAUAUAGCGAUGGUGAUGUGUCAGAACUGCCAUACAGAAAUCUGGUAGAAAAACAAAGAAUCAAACAAAACAGAAAACAGACUCUGCUACCAGAUUUUUGAAUAGUGACUUUGCCACAGCAUCACCCCUGUAUAAAUUUGAUUUGUUUGAUUUAAAAUGAAAUUAAAUGAAAUGAAAUUAAAUGGCAUUUAGUGAUUUGACCACGGCUUAAGUGUCAAGACUUGUUACUUGCAAAUUAGUGAAUGGUUCCCACCACUGGUGGGUAGAUUUAUAAAACGUUAUUCUGAAUAUAAUAAAUUCAAUCACUGAUAUGAUUAUCCUGAUAGCUAAACGACUCAGUUUAAUUAGUGUUCAUCUUUUUAUCACUAAUGCAUUAAAACAACGUUAAUCUACAUUUAAACGUUUACUGUCUGCAUUAAACUUUACUUUUAAGCAGUAAUGUAUGUACUGUAAUACCUGCUAUACCUGCCUGUAAUACUUACCUUAAUUAUCUGUAUGUGUAUAAGAAUGUUAAUGUACUGGGGGAAGGCUCAUGGAGGAGGCUAUAGGGCCCACAUCUUAUUCUGGUGGGGUGUUUAGUCUCAAAUACUUACCUGUACUAAUUUUAAUCCAGUGUUUUUCAUUUAAAUUGUUUGGUUUUCUUUUUUUUAGUCUUUUUAUAUUUUUUCACUGCAAAUAAAUAAAUCAUGUUGUUUAAACAGGG